UGCUCCGUAAUCAUGCAGAAGAAACAGUGGGAACUGAUAAAAGAAUUUUCCAUCCCGGAAGAACUUUCGCUAAGCAUCACCUAUCUGCAGCGAGCUUUGCGGGACUGUGUUUUCCAGCAUCAGGUUUUGGCUUCAAAAAUCAAUAAUUUACCGAUGCACCAGCGUCCAAAAGUGAAACAGUACAUGUUGGAGCUGGAACGGGAAAUGCUCUCGAUCGGACAGGAACAGGAAGGGCUGGUUCGGCAGCUAUCCGAACGGGUUAAACGCUUCCAGAUGACUGUCCAAUCGAAACAUCUCGUUACGCUGUGCGACGAUCUACUGUAUGGGUUUGUAACGCGCCAGCUAGCAAAUCACCACGAAACGGUCGUUAUUUCGACUGCUCCAAAACACAUAUCCCAGCGCCGGAAUGCAACGGAACUGGCGCAAAAGUAUAGUCUGGAAACCAUCCUCGGAUCAGUCGUUGUGAAGAAAGAACCAUUAAAAUCGGAACCGCUCGAUCCACUCGACCUGCCGUCCGACGAAAAUGAGAAUGAUGGCGACGAGGAAGACGAAGAGUCUCGCGGGAACCCUAUUAUGACCUUGUCGGACGCUACAAGAUACAAAAAGCAAGCAAAAACUACUUCCGCUAAAAUGUAUACGAAAACAAGCACGAGCUUUCAGCCGCUUUUGAAGCGAAAGCCCACGGUCCUUCCGUCUCAAGACAACCGUCAUUUUGCUGACAUCGCUGGCAAGAAGCAAUCGCACUUUAAUGAUGCUAAGCCGAAGGGAGAGAAGAAGCAAAAGAUUCCCGACGACCCGCCGCCAUCGAAGGAAGCAUCGUCAGACGAUGAUCCGGAAGAAAGUUUGCUGCUCGGUGCAUGGGUGCCCGGAUGUCCAGGGCGUCCGCCCAAAGCGGCCAAAUAUCUGUCCGCGGCAAAGCUGGAACAAAUCCGUGCACGACGUGCCUCGGUUCCGGUCGGUCUAAAGACGACCGUUGCGACAGCAGCCGUCGUUGCACAUCAGCAGAAGCGUGCCUCGAAGCGGAUAGAAGCGGAAAAGGCUAAACCGAACGAGCUGGUGGAUCCGUUGGAAUCGGGUGAGGACGAGGAGCAGGGGCAGCAACAUCAACUGGAGGCGAUGGCAACUUCAGCUGCGGUACGCCGUGGCCGUAGCAAUCUUCUGCAGGCGCUUAAAAAACAGAAGCGAGGCCAUGGACGACCAAGUUCGGCUAGCUUAGCACAAAAAGGUCCCAAGCGUGCUCCUGGCCCAGUGCCGGGUGUAAGCAAACUCGUCAAGCAUUCAUCCUACUCGCGUUCUUCAGGAUCUUCCCCGAAUUCUCGCUCAUCCACACCGACCUGGGGUAACACCGCUCGACAGCAUUCGGAAGAUUCUUGCGAUCGUCGUUCAUCCUCGACCGAAUAUCCGCCACUGCUACUAAACGACCCGGGAGAAGCGGCCAUACCGACCCUUACCAGCAUCUACGAAAUGGAGCAGGAUACGUUUUUGCGCUACUUUGGACUUCACACACCGGAAGAAGCGCGAGCCCUUAAGGAACGCAAACGAGAACGCAAGCGUCGCAGCUGUUACAGUACCGAGCGGAAAGAUUUCCAUUACGGCAAGCUGGACUAUUACGAACAGCAGCAACAGUAUCAGGUAGUGCGUGCCACUAAGCGGACACAUCAGCGUCCGAUUCUUUACUCACCUCCGGUCGCUGUUGCGAAGAAGCGGAAGCAAUCGACACUCCCUGCGAUUGCUGGGAGCAGCUCCAACAGCAACCCAUCAACAACAGUCGCACGCCAUCAACAUCACCACCAUCAACGGCCACAACCUGCCAACAUUUUUGCCGCCAUGGAUAAACGAGCAUGCUUUGUGUGUUUUAAAAGUGGAACAACGGAUGAGCUGGGCGCUUGUACGAACUGUUACAACAUUUAUCAUCUCAACUGCCACACCAUCGAUGAACAGUCCGAUGCGUACCGUCAGCGGGAUAACCUCUGCCCGGUGUGUCUCGUGUCGGACGAUAAAUGA